AUGGCGUUUUGUAAUGGAAGAAAAGACGAUGGAAGAGGUUGGCAGGAUGAUGAUUGGAAGGACCUUAUAACGGACAAACAGGAACAGGAGGACGUACUUUUCAAGUGUCUGGACGAAGACGAACUGGAAGACGUUCACGAAUCGAUUGUAGACGAAUUGUUUGUCAUGCAGCCCAUGGACAUCCCGUUGGACUUGGUGGAGAGACUCUCGUGGGAUGCCGCGUGUCAAGGAUCCGAUGAAGAAGAUAAGGAAGCGGUGAAGCCCAUGCUAUCGACGCUGGGUCGAUCUCUUCAGGUCGGUAUAGCUAUAAAUGACAACAAUGUCGAGUGCGGUCUCAUGUCGCCGUGCUCCGAGACAUUGUCACCUCAGACGAUAAUGUCGUCGUUGAUACAAACCGUAUUGAUCUCGCCCUCUGUAUGCCAGCAAAGUUUGUCCGAGCCUGAGCACGAGGUCACAAGCAGUAUCGAACCGAUAACAGAAGAAGAAAAGCAGGAGGAGGUGGCCGUUCAUGACUCCGAGACGUGCUGCUCGCCUCCUGACGUCAACAGUGUCUUGUCAUCUCCGAUCGCUAAAGUAUCAGCAAAUCCGUUCGCAACCUACCAACCGGCUGAGUCUAGAGAGAUGGACUACCGGACAAGAGAUAAUGCCACGAGUGACAAUGAGAGUCAUGAAGACGAUCAACCAAGUUCUGUUGUCUCAGCGCGUCGUCCAAGUCUGCUGCCUCGAGUGUCAUCCAUUGCGCAAUGGAGACGACAGAAAUCUCGUACGUGCUCUGGGGCGGGAUCAGCAAGAACGCCGAUAGCACUGAAAUCUGCUCCUUUAAAGGCGUCACUGUCGAGUCGAAGCAUUGGAGAUGAAGACGACGGUGACUUUUCUAGUGACGACGAGGGAUUUACACCAGGCCGCACGUCCGAGACGGAGCGCCUAAGUUCUAGUCCGUGGCGACGAGCAAGACAGACGACCCGUUAUAACUUUCCGAGUCACCGGCUAAGCGUGAAUGUGAGUAUGAGACCGACAAUGAUGACCAAGCGUCUGCAGGUAGCAAAAGACAAGCUCAAUAGCGGGCUGCACUUGCUGCGAUCAGGUUCGACUGUUUCGACUGUUUCGACUGUUUCGACUGUCAUGAGUGAGGAGAACUAUCUGGAGAGUCCUGUGUAUCAAGAGAUUAUGAGCGCUCCAUCUGGACUCUAUUGUGAAUCCAGCGUCUUCUCUGACAAAGCGACAGCAACAAGUCUUGUCAGUGCUGCGAGCGCAUGUACCAUUGAUAGCAAUACGCACCAUCCUACGCGUCAGCAGCAACUUCGAGCAGGUGUGUUCAAGGCUGCUGGGCUCUUGAAUGCUGCAUCAGCUGAAGCUGCUCGCAAGCUAAAGUCGCAUAGCUUCCGUGCACCAUACUUACCUACACAAAAGGCAGCCAGUGAGACAGAAGAAGAGGAUCCUACUGCAUCUGAUCACUGCGGCACGAUAGAAACCUAUGAAGCUUAG